GCCCACAAACUCUAAUUGGCCCCCACCUUUGUACAGCUCCUCUCAUUUAUUUCUUCUUCUCUCCCUCUCUCUUAAUACUCAUCUCCAUCUUUUUAUUUCAACAGUUUUUUCUUUUUUUUUUUUUUAAAUUAUGUAAUCUAAAAGUGCAGUCCCGUCCAGUCCAGUACUACUUGGUAGAGAAGAGAAGAGGAGAGAGAAGAGAAGAGGAGAAGAAAGAGAAGAGUCUUUUUUUUCUUUUUAACCUCUCUGUAGCUCUUUUUCACUUUUAUAUAAACAAAACCAGGGCACUACUGAUUUUGGUCUGUCAUUGGGUAUUGUAUAAUAUUAUUCCUUACACAGAGAGAGAGAGAGAGAGAGAGAGAGAGAGAGAGAGAGAGAGAUGGGGCAUCACUCCUGCUGUAACAAACAGAAAGUGAAGAGAGGACUGUGGUCACCAGAGGAAGAUGAGAAACUCAUCAACUACAUUUCAACCUAUGGCCAUGGCUGCUGGAGUUCUGUUCCUAAACUUGCUGGGUUGCAGAGAUGUGGAAAAAGCUGCAGAUUAAGAUGGAUAAAUUAUCUAAGACCUGACUUAAAACGUGGAAGCUUCUCUCCUCAAGAAGCAGCCCUCAUUGUUGAACUUCAUAGCAUUCUUGGAAAUAGAUGGGCACAAAUAGCUAAGCAUCUACCAGGAAGAACAGAUAAUGAAGUGAAGAAUUUUUGGAACUCUAGUAUAAAGAAGAGGCUAAUAUCUCAUGAUGUUCCUGCUUUAGCUGCAUUUACUGAUGUUCAUAACCCUAAUGGUGCUGAGGAAGCUUUCUUUUCUCUGAGUGCAAACCCUAAUCUCAUCUUGAGUGCUCAACAGGACCAACUAUACCUUCCUUCCCCAACUUCAAUGCUACAAAGUUUUGGUCAAUUGGGAGAUUACAAAUUUAACCAACCCAAUAAUAAUAGCAGUUACAAUAAUUUUGAUUUAUCUCAAUUGGCACCUUCAAUAAUCUCACCACCACCACAAAAUAAUAAUAGUGAUUCUUCAUCUUCUUUUGAUCCAAUGUGGGCAUUCCCUUAUUUACAUCAACACCUUGACCCAAAUCAUCAAGAAGAUCAAAUUCUGAACAAUGGAGCUGGCCCACAUUACGUUGAUCAUCAUCAAGAUGAAGAUCAGAAGCUUGCUAAUGAUCAUCAAAGUAUUAGUGCACUAAUGGGUUGUCAUGAGAAUCAAGCUUGUAUGAUGCCAAUGAUGCCAAAACUAUGUGAGAUAAUUGAAGGGAUGAGCAGUAAUAUUUGCUGCAAUAUUAUUCCAUCAUCAGCAUCAUCAUCCGGUUCACAAGAAGUAGUAGUAACUGACCCACUUGUUGCUAGACUUCCAUGUUUUCAAUUAGGGUCUUAUCCACAUGACCCGCACGUGCCAAGCAAUCAGAUGGAGUAUAUUGAUGCAAUCAUGUCAUCAUUGCCAUCAUCUUCACCAUCAGCAUUUUCAAGUGGUCAAUUUGGUGCAAACCCUAAUAAUAAUAAUAAUAAUAACAAUAAUAAUAAUCUUCCUUCAAGCUGCUGUUGGGAUGCCUAGCUACGGGGUGGGCUUCCUUUUAGGUGUUUGUGUAUGGAUUCAUUUGAUACAUGAAGUGCAUUUAUUUCCUGAUAUAUGCAUAAGAUGGUGAGUGCAACUCUUUAUGGGAAAACCUAGAUGUUACUAGUUCAGGCUCUUCAGUGAGUAAUGCUUCCUGAGGUUUCAUAAAUAUGUGUAGGCUCUUUUGACAUGUUUCUCACCUACAAUAUUUCCACCUCAAUAAAUCCUCUUAUGGUGAAGUACCCUAUAUUUGCAUAUAUACGUUUAUCUUAUUUCUAAAGCUCUCUCUCUUUCUCUCUCAUUUAAUAUUUAUCUUUUUUUUUUUUUUUUAGGAAAAUAGUGUUAUUUAUUUGAUUUUGUUGCUUAGGAUAGAGGUUAACUAAUUCUUGAAUGUAUGGUGAUGUGUUGUUAACUGUUUUAAGGGUACAUAGACAGUGAAGGGAGGUGUUUUCUUGUA